AUGAUGUGCUCUUGCAGAAUAAGCUCUGUGUUUCCUGCUUGGCUUAAAACUCAAACAGGGCUGGGGUUUCUUUGUCUAUCAGAGGCCGAAAUUUCUGGCAAUGUCCCAACAUUGUUUUGGAAUUUAUCAUCCAAUCAUUUGCGCUUUCUCAAUAUAUCACAUAAUAAUUUAAGUGGAAUUCUACCUACUUUGCAACAUUCCUCCGUGGAGUUUAUUGAUAUGAGCCAUAACAAAUUUGAAGGCUUGAUACCUGAUUGGAACUCCUCAGGUUUGAACAUCAUUGAUCUAAGAAACAAUUCUUUAUUUGGUCCUAUUCCAUUAAGCUUUGCUUCAGCUAACCAAAUUCAAGUUCUUUCUUUAUCACAUAAUCAUAUUAAUGGCAGCAUACCAUUUUUUCUCUGUAACCUCACUAUUUUGAAAGCGCUGGAUCUAUCUAGCAACAACAUGUCUGGAGAACUUCCACACUGCUGGAAUCAGUCAUCACUGUUAGCAAUUAUUGAUUUAUCUAACAACAAUUUCUUUGGCAGCAUUCCUGAAGCCAUUGUGUUUGUCACCAAUCUUCAAUCAUUGCAUUUGCAAAAGAAUAGCCUAUCUGGAAAUCUCCCUUUGUCUCUGAAAAAUGCAAAAAAAUUGGUGGUUCUUGACAUUGGUGAAAACAGGCUUUCUGGAACAAUACCUUCAUGGAUUGGAAGUGUUGUAUCAUUAGUAGUCCUUCGCUUGAGAUCAAACUUGUUCGAAGGUUUAAUACCAGAGCAAUUAUUAAAACUCUCAUCUCUCCGGGUUCUGGAUCUUGCACAGAACAACCUCUCAGGUGUCAUUUUUCCUCAUACUUUUGGAGGUUUUAAAGCCAUGGUCACAAGUCACAGUGAAAAAUCCCAGCUCUUGAUUUCACAAUACGAUCAAGCUUUCUGGUGA